GCGUAGCUGUGACUCGGACUGCAGCGACGGAGAGGAGGACUUCUACUACUCGGAGAUCAAGCUCAACACAGACUCUGUGGCCGACGGGCUCAGCAGCCUGUCCCCGGUGUCACCUUCCGUCCUCUCUCCCCCUCCUCCUCUCCCGUCUCCUCUCCCUCCCAUCGGCCAGCCGCCUGACACCCAACGGCCCCAGCAGCCCACUGACACCAAGGAGCCUCAAGCUGGCGGCACCACCCCGCUCAGCCGCUCGGCGCCCAGCGCCCUCUACCUCAUCCACACGGACCACGCCUACCAGGCCACAGCUCCAGUGUCCAUCCCGUCCAGCAACGGUAACUCAGCCGGCUCGGGCUCCACCAGCUUCACUCCCACCAACAGCUCCAGCUUCAGCAUCUCCUGGCAGUCACCGCCCGUCACUUUCACCGGGAACAUGGUGUCCCCCAGUAAAAGCCAGGGGUUUGGUGAACAGCGCUCCCAGACCAUCGCCAUCCUCUCCUCCCCUCCCAGAGCCACCAACGCCCUCAGUCGGAAGGUGCGCGGCGAGGGGAAGAAGUGCCGCAAGGUGUACGGGAUGGAAAACCGCGACAUGUGGUGCACGGCCUGCCGCUGGAAAAAGGCCUGCCAGAGAUUCACCGACUGAGCGCACCCAGCCGACGCCACGCCAACGGGCACUGCCUUUCGCCAGAGAAAAGUUGGGGGGGGUGGGGGCAUCAUUUUGCAUGCAUUUGGUUUUCUUCUGCUCCAAAUCUCAACUGUCCGUCAGCGCUCCGGCUCUGUCCCUGUACUCGCCCCCCCUCCCUCUCAGCUCCACCUAUCCAUUCCAGCUGUGGAAGCAACAGCAGGACAGCGCAGGAGUCAAACUUUCACGUCGCCGUCCAUGAUUCCCAGCACUGCCUCGCCAUUUCCAUCGCUCCCAGUUUUGGGAAAACCCCAGUGCAGCUACAGUGUAAAGAAAAAAUGUAUCUAAAGAUUUCUGCCGUUUUUUUUGUUGGGUUCAGUGUUGCAUCUUUCUAUGUUUUGUAAGAGUUCUGGUUUUUAAAUGGAAAGUCUUGUCAAAGGUCCAGAAUAAGAGCCAACAGCUUUUUUGGUGUGUUUUGUCGAAAGAAAAAGACAAAUCUUUUUUAUCCAAAAGAAGAAUGCAUCUCUUUGCUACAGUUUUUGAAAAACAGUGUGGAGGUAAAGCUCGCCGUUUUUUGUUCUUCCUUCAACUUGUUCAUCUCUUGUUUCAUUUCUGACGUGUUUUUCGGGGCAAAUUUUUAUCUCUGACGUCACCGGACUGUCACCUGCUCCUCGCUCCUGACAAAGCCCUGGAGCGGAAUGUACAGCAGAACAUCAGGGAGGCGCCUGAUUGACUGGUGGAGAGAAAAGGAAGAAGAGAGACAGGGAGAUUCAAGGAUCAAUGCAAAAAAAGAUACAAUUUACAGUCAGGGAAAGCAGACGGGCCGUGCCAGUGAUUUACCACAUGAAUCCGCAGCAGAACAAACACACAAACACAAACACACAAUCCUUACAAAAGACGGGAACUGUUUUUUACGUCACUUUUUUACCCGGAUUGAUUCGUUUUCUUUGUUUUUAUCAGGGAUGUGAUUCUAAAGAAAGCCAAAUCCAGCAGCUAUAACUUGUGGAUCUUCUGUAAACAGCAGCACUAUCUCCACAGCUCCUCUCCUUCAUCACAACUUUACAACCAAAAACUCUUCAUCCCCUUUUUGAAUCCUGAUACGGUGCCAUGUUUACUAUUGUCGAUUUUCUUUUUUUUUUUUUUACUGAGACUGUUUCCCUACCAACUGGCUUGUGUUAAAGGACUUUCCUGAGAUCACUGGAAGCAUGAAGCCGGCAGCGAAAGGAAAAGAUCAGCAACUCUCACCACAUGCAGAAAGACGCAGAGCCCUCCUCCUCCUCCUCCGCCCAAACUUUUACUCCUUCCCCAAAGGGAACAAAAAUAACUCUUGUGUUUACGUUUCUCCACAGAGGUGCAUUCUGAUGAUCUGUUAACUAAAAGGGGGAGGGCUGCAAACCAAAAGUGAGGCACUUGCACUGUACGUGUAUAACUGAGCACUUGGUAUCUUUGCUUCUAACCUGUGGUUACUUUUAGAGAGUUGAAAAAGAGUCUUCAGAUAUCUUCCACUAGACUCUCUCUAUUUCUAAUGUCACCGGUUGUAAAAGGAUGUAACAGCAAAAAAAAGCUGAUUUGGUUUCUCCCCCUUUAUUGAACAAUUCUUCACUCCAACCGUUUUUGGAGAAUGAUGGUUUAAAAAAAAGUUAUAAGCACUUGAUUAUUUGUUGUUUAAUGUGCACUGCACCUUUUUUCCUUCGCCUUCCUUGGCGUCGUGCGAGCAAAGCGUUGACUCGAGCUUUUCGUCCGUGUCCUAGUAACCUGUUACUGAAAGAGGUCAAGAGAUGGGAUUGGUGGAAAGAAAUGGUCAUAAUCAGAUUUGUUUUCAUUUGAUUUCUGGCUUAAUGGCGGGAAAUGAAACCACAAAGCCAAAUAGUUUACAGAGGUUCACUUUGCAGCGAUAGAUGGACCAACUCCUAUCACCUUGAGCCGCUCUUUACUUUAUUACAACGUAGUGAGCGUGAUCCUGAAAUGUACCCACCAACAGGAACAUGGUGAUUUUUCUAUUCAGAGCAUUUACUCUCUGCAUUAUGUGAAAUCUGUUUGAACGCACACUGAUCUCUUUUUCACGAUUUCUGUCACACGCAAUCAUUUGACACCAGAGUUAUUCAAAACCAACACCAGCUAAUAAACUCACACACACAUUAUUGCCCGUUUUCAUCUUCAGUACUUCUGCACCUGAGAACCGUAGCUCUGUUACGUUUACUCAACUCUUUCUGUUUUUGUCUAUUUUUCUUUGUAGUCUGUUCAUGUAUGUAUAUGUGUAGUUCGUGUAUUCUCUCUAAGCUCCACGUUUGUGACCCGGUACCUCGGUCAUUUCAUCCGCCGCCUGACGAACAAGCUAGGUUCUGUGAGGGAAUAAUGUACCGUUCAACCUGAGUGUAGGGAUCGGCCUUAAAGUCAAAAAUAUAUAAUUGUGCUUCUUCUUUGUCCUUACAUUGAUGUUUCGGUAAGAAAUAUUUAGAUGAUCUCAACAACU